CCGGGAUGUAUUUUGCUGCAGGGUUGUGAGUAGCAUGAUGACACUCAUGGGCCUUUCUUAGGCCUGAGGAGGCGCCCGAGGUUGUUAAUGGGUCUCCAGAGUGGGCCUAGCUACUUGUACCCGAAGGAAGCCCUCUAAAUAAAAAGGUAACUUAAUUGACCAUUACGAGUUUAAGCAACGCAUUACUCUCAAUUGCACGCACAAGAUGCCGCUUUCUGCUGAAGUCAUCCAAAGUCUCAAGAAAACCGUCGAUGCAGCCUGCGCAGACCCAAAGUCCGACAUCCCAGGAACCAGCGUCGUGGUAGUCGGUAAAGAUGGCAAGGAACUGUUCGCGCACGCUUCCGGUUAUCGCGGUGCUACCAGCUCGGAACCCAUGACGAUCGACAAUGUCUUUUGGAUUGCAUCAUGCACGAAAAUGAUUGCAGGCAUAGCAUGCAUGCAACUGGUCGAGCAGGGAAAGCUAUCUCUAGAUGACGGCGAUGAGAUCGAGAGGUUGGUGCCCGAAUUGAAGGAUAUCAAAGUGUUGCAGAAAGAUGGGACGUUGGUCGAUAAGAAGAGGAAGAUUACGUUGAGGAUGCUUUUGACGCAUACUGCUGGCUUUGGCUACACAUUCUUCAACAAUGAGCUACGCGAUUUCUCACAUCCGAUCGGCUUCGACGAAUUCUCCGGGCACAUCAAAGACAUUCUCCAACCUCUCCUCUUCCAACCAGGCGAGGGCUGGCAAUACGGUGUGAACAUCGACUUUGCAGGCCUCGCAUUAGAGCGCGCUACUGGGCUGUCGCUGAAUGAUUACUGCCAUAAGUAUAUCUUUGAGCCGCUGGGUUUAAAGAACAUCUCCUUCUUUCCGACUGAAGAAAUGAAGAAGAGGCUCGCGCUCAUGAACCAUAGAAAGCACGAUGGCUCCUUGAUCGGACGAGAUCAUCUGCUUCGCAAGCCGUUGGUAGUCACGUCAUCUGAGAGAAAGGAUGUGCUGAACAGUGGAGGGGCGGGAGCAUUUGCGACCCCAUCGGAUUAUGCCCAAAUCAUUGCCACCCUCCUCAACGACGGAACGUCCCCUACGACCAGAGCUACAAUUCUCAAAAAGGAAACCGUAGACUUGAUGUUCACAAAUCAAAUCAAACAGUUCCCAGAUUUUGGUCGGCAAGGGAUACCCGAUGCAAAGCCCGAGCUUACAAACCCGCUGCCUGAUCUCUACCCAGUUGAAGGUAACCCGCCUCAAGGCUGGGGCUUGACUUUCAUGCUAUCGAAUGGAGGUCCAACGGGCAGAUCCAAGAGUACCGGGUUCUGGGCUGGUCUGCCGAAUUGCUGGUGGUGGUGCGAUCGGGAGAAGGGUGUUGGAGGAUUUGUCUGUAGUCAGAUCCUGCCAUUUGGGGAUGCAAAGGUUCUCGGACUGUGGUUUGAUAUUGAGACUCAGAUUUAUCAGGCUCUUGGGGCUUGAGGGCUGACCAACCCAAAGAACCUUGACAGAACCGUGGAUAGCUCAGCUAGGACGUAGACGCUUUGGAAAUCAUCUUUUGAGGACGUACUAGACUGCAAUUGUACAGACACCUCGCGGCAAAACUGUAAACCUAAUUAGAUUAGUAUGUUAGACAGCUCCUGAUAGUCAUUCAUGAUCAGAC